GCGUUGUGCCUGUCCAUCGGGCUGCGGUACGACAUGCUAAUUGAACGACACUCAGUCAUGAGUUCGACUGAACGCUUGCAUUCUGACACACGAGCCAACUCCCAACUGUCCCAACCCGCUGUCUCUCUCUGAUCGCUUCUAUUCCCAGCCAAGUACCGACAAAACAUUUGCACUCAAGCCCGCCGCUGUUGCUGAAGACUCUGUAACGACCCGACGAGUCAAGCGAACGAGUCGUCGGCCGCCCCCUCGAUCGCUCACCGUUGUGGUUGCUGUUGGUACCCGUUUAGUCACAAGCGUGCGGGAGCAACGGCCGGCGGCCGCGACUGAACUUGCCUUGAUGGCUUACGUGUGUGCUCGACGAACCAUCUUAUCUAUUUGACAUUUGGGCUCAACUGCUGCCUACGACGUGAACCGGUGGUCCCUUUCGACCUGGGGCCAUAUAUUGAUAGGAUCUGUCUGGGGCAGAGCUGGGUCGACUGCAAGCUAGCGCAGCCACCUGCAAACAAUACAAAGAUAAACACUAUACCAAAAAUAUUUCUGACUCGGCUUGACCGGUCUUCAUCAAACAAAGAUGCCGCCCCCUCCUCCGCCUCCCCCACCCCCUCCCAUGCCCGGUCGGGGCGGGCCGCCGCCUCCUCCUCCACCACCAGGCGGGCUACCUGCCAGGCCUCCAGCGGGGAACAACAGAGGUGCACUCCUGAGCGAUAUAACAAAGGGCAAGGCUCUCAAGAAAACCGUCACAAAUGACCGUUCAGCACCUAUACUUGCCGGCUCUGGUGGUGGCACCUCUGCCGCACCUCCUGUCGGGGGUGCCCCACCUGUGCCCGGGAUGUUGGGCGGUAUGCCAAAGCCUCCGGGCGGUCUUGCGCCUCCGGUCCCCGGCAACCGGAUGAGGAGCAAUAGCGAUCAUGGAAGAUCUGACUCUACAGGAUCAGCCGGAGGCUUGGAGACCAGUGCUCCACAGCUCGGCGGUCUGUUUGCUGGCGGUAUGCCAAAACUGAGGAAAACUGGCGGUGGUGUCGACACAGGAGCAAACCGCGAUGCAUCGUAUCUCUCAGAUCCGGAAAACUCGGCAGGUUCAGCCCCAAAACCACCGUCAAUGUCUGCUCCAAAACCACCAUCAGGCGCGGCUCCUAGAGUGCCAGGUCGCCCAGGCGUUCCUGCUCCGCAAGUCGGGCCAACAUCUCAUCCUUCGAUUGCGAAUUUGAGAAAGAACCCUAGUGAUGUCCAACGGCCAUUCUCAUCCGCAUCCAUGAUGAAGGGGCCACCUCCUCCAAUAGGCAAAAAGCCACCUCCGCCUCCGGGGUCUCGUAAACCAUCAUCAAUAGCAGUUGCUCCUCCAGCUCCACCGAGUGCGCCGCCUGCUCCACCACCUCCUCCCCCUUCUGCCGCUCCAAGGCCGCCUCCAGCUCCCUCACGUGGAACUCCGCCACCGCCAGCUGUACCACCCAGCUCUGGGCCCUCGUCAAACGGGGCAGCAGCGGCCAGUCUCGCAGUACAAGCUGCAAUCCGAGCAGCAUCAAGUCCCAGCUCGGCUCCAGCGGCACCACCGCCGCCUCCGCCACCGCCGGUUUCCCGCGGCAAUAGUAACCCAACAUCACCGCCGCCGCCGCCGCCUUCUUCUGGCGCGCCACCACCACCCUCGUCACCAGUCCCGCCGCCUCCGAGGCCAGCUCAGCACCAACAACAGCCAUCAGCCAGCCGUGCAGCGCUGCUUGAUCCCGCAGCGUUCACGCUAACUCCCAAUGGCGGAAAGCUACACAGCCCGACCCGGUCACUCUCUGGGGCACGGCCAGGGACUGCAGGAGGUGAUGGUGCCAAUGGUGGGGGCAUGUACGUUGUACAUGACCCCCGUUGGAAGUUUGUGGGGGAAGACAAGUUUCCGAAGCCACGAGAGUUCUCAGGCGGGGCCAAGCGAUACCGCGCUGGUAGGGGGAGCAGUGUACCAUUGGAUCUAAGAUCACUGGGGUAGAUCUUGUCAGGGUGGAUUGGGGUAGAGACAUGUCUGAACUCCAUCGGAGUGGGUAUUUCUUAUUUUGUUUUGAAUCUGACUAUGGAGAACAGGUUAGAAGAAGCAUUUUUUGCCGCGGCUGGAAUAAUCAAGUAGGCUAGAUCGACGGUCUAGAACUUGGCAGUUUACAGAAAUGAUCUUAUCCCUAUCAAAACCACGUGCCAAGCCUUGUUUUGUGUAAAGAAUUGGAAGGCGGUUACCACUGACACCCGGUCUCCCUAUUCACUGUC